AUGCUUAUUACUGCUCGAAAGAUUGCCAGAGAGGUGAUUUGGCAGUGCACCAGAAGACAAGCGAGGCCUCUGUUCUUCUGGGCGGUUGCCAAUGACAAGAAUGAGCUUGUGGUUAUGCAUCCAGAGAUCGACAGCUGGAAGUCAAAUACGAAAGAGCGGUACGAAGAGCAGAAGAAAAGGCACCCAGAGUACGGCAGAGAUGCUCUCGUUAUUCACGCCCUUACUAGAUACUAUGCCAUUGAGGGCAAGAUUCUCAAGCACGCGAUCAGAGUUGCUUCUUGGCAGCCUCCAAAUGAAAUCAAAGGUCACUUGGAGAGUUUCAACGAAACAGCGCUUGCCCAUCCUUUAGGAGGAAUGUUGGACGGUCGAUUCUACGGUCCAAUUGUAGCCUUCAUAUACCAUCUGGACCCUGAGUUCAACUAUAAUCGCAUAACUCAAUGUGGAAUCCAAUGA